CCCCUUCCGGCGUCCGGCGGGAAGCACUUCCUGUGCAGCGCCGCCGAGCGACCCGAGCCGAGCCCAGCCGAGCCCAGCCGGCGCCCUGCGGGGAGAGGCCGGUCUUGCCAGCUGAACUGCCGGACGCAAUCCUCAGGAUGGAACCCCAAGGCUCAGCCAGACUGAAUUCCAGGAAAAGAAGGAAAGAAGGGGUUGGACCCAACGGGGCCGCCGAGGCGGACGGUGUACCACCCAAAGUGCCACGGAACUGCUUUGGGCUCAGGGAGCCAGCUCCGUUUUCCGAUGAGCUUGAGGUGGACUACAGCAAGCCGUACGUCCGAGUAACGUUUGAAGAGGCGACGAGAGGGACCCCAUUGGACAGACCAGUCCGGGUUUAUGCCGAUGGAAUUUUCGACCUGUUCCACUCUGGACACGCCCGCGCCCUGAUGCAAGCCAAAAACCUCUUCCCGAACACAUACCUCAUUGUCGGAGUCUGCAGCGACGAGCUGACCCACAACCUGAAGGGUUUCACGGUGAUGAACGAGAACGAGCGCUACGACGCCGUGCAGCACUGCCGCUACGUGGACGAGGUGGUGCGGAACGCCCCGUGGACCCUCACGCCGGAGUUCCUGGCUGAACACAGGAUCGACUUCGUGGCGCACGAUGACAUCCCGUACUCCUCUGCCGACAGCGAUGACGUCUACAAGCACAUAAAGGAGGCGGGGAUGUUUGCGCCGACGCAGAGGACGGAAGGGAUCUCCACCUCCGACAUCAUCACCCGCAUCGUCCGGGACUACGACGUCUACGCGCGGCGCAACCUGCAGCGAGGCUACACAGCCAAGGAGCUCAACGUCAGCUUCAUCAACGAGAAGAAAUACCAUCUGCAGGAGCGUGUGGACAAGGUGAAGAAGAGGGUGAAGGACGUGGAAGAGAAGUCCAAGGAAUUUGUCCAGAAAGUGGAGGAAAAAAGCAUCGACCUCAUCCAGAAAUGGGAAGAGAAGUCCCGCGAGUUCAUCGGCAACUUCUUGGAGAUGUUUGGCCCCGAAGGCGCUCUGAAGCACAUGCUGAAGGAGGGCAAGGGGCGCAUGCUGCAAGCCAUCAGCCCCAAGCAGAGCCCCAGCAGCAGCCCCACGCACGACCGCUCGCCCUCCCCCUCCUUCCGCUGGCCCUUCACCGCCCGGACGCCCCCGUCGUCGCCGGCCACCCUCGCCCGGAGCAAGCCCACGGUCACCUACGACAUCAGCGAGGACGAGGAGGACUGAGCCCCCGGCCGGCCCCGCCCGGGGGAGAGGUGCCGCCAGCCCCCUGCCCGCCGGCCCCUCCAGGCGGGGCGAGAGCCCUGCUGAGCGAGCGCUGGGGGCCAGACCUGCCGCCGCCGCCCGAGCAGCGCCUUUCUCCCACACGGCCCCCGCCGGGCGCGCGGCACACUGUGACUCCCCCUCCCUCGCGGUUCUCUUCUCCUCAGUCACAUGCGGUCUUUUAAACCGGAGCUGAUGGCGUCACGUGGGUUGGCAGAGGAACGGGGGGCGGGCGGGCGGGCGGAUCCCCGGCCUGCCCCUUCGCCCGGCACGCGGGCUCCAGGUUGCCCCAAGACGUCCUGCCCCUCCCUGCAGGCCGCGUCCCCUCGGCCCUGCAAGCUCCCGUGGCAGGAGAUGCUUGCGGGAGGCCAGGCUAGGGGCGGGCGGGCGGCCGCAGAGCGUGGGGCUCGGAAACUCCGUUCAGGGUGCCUGAGCGGGGACGGCCACCUUUUGUGCCCUCCACGCUCGUGCCACCAGUGGGGGGGGGGGGCCUUGGGCAUUCUGCUCUUCCACUUUUCCGGUUUCUGGCCCCCAGCCCACCCCCCCUUGGUUCGCUUCCCAAAGCGGUGCCAGGAGGGCAAGGUUUGGUCCGGCCGCCUGUCACCGAGUUGCUGAGGCAUCGCAACCCCACCGUCCAAGGCAGUUGCUGCUCCGGAGCUGGACGGGCACGGUCCUCUCUGUCGGGCUCUUGGGGGAAGACCGAGGAGCUGGGCCAGGCCCAGAUGGGUCACACUCGUUCUGGAGAGCACACCUCCUCCAACCAGGGGCCCUCCAGACGCGUUGGACUGUAUGUCCAGGAUCCCCCCUCGGCUGGGGGAUUCUGGGCAUCCUAGUCCAACACUACGAAAGCACCAGGUUACGGGAGGCUCCUGCAGAGUUUGGUUAGCGCUGCCUCGAUCCUGAUCCUGCUCUGGACUUGCUGUUGCACAGCAGCACCCGCGAACCUGGCCGUGUGUCCCGAUGGCCUUCCGCUCGUGGGCGGCAAGGCUGGCGACCCCUUUCCUGGCGCCUGGCCUUGGUCUUUCUUCCACCCGGCUGGCUGCAGUCUUCCGAAAGGGCCUGCACCUAGCUCCCCCAGCCCAGCACCCAGAGGCCGCUCUCGCGGUCGCCCAUCCGUCUGCGUGGCGCUUUGCCUGUGUCUGUCUGUGUUUUGGCCGUCGAGCCACCCGGGGCCUCUCGCCUGCCCUUCCCGAUGGGGGGGAGGGCCAGCCCCUCCGCCAAGGGAGCACUCGAGCGGCCGGCUGCGGUGCUCCGGAGAGGCCAGCCAGAGGGCGCUGCGCAGCUGCUGCUCUGCCCCCGAGCCACAGGGAGUGGCGCUCGGCUCUGCCAUCUGCUCGCUCUGCUCCCUGCAGGGCACGGCUGAGCAUCGCGCCAGACGCCUCGCACGGGCUCUGCCCCCCUCAGCCUUUGCUCCUAGCUGUGUCACGCGUGUCCCGCCGGGACCGUCGGAUCGGUCGCUUUCUGUCUGCGGAUGGAUUGUCUCUGGAAGCGAGCCUUGCAAGGGGCUGCGUCUCCGGUUUUCCCGGAACAAACGGUCCCUGGCUCUCCCUCUCGGGCAUUGCUCAAACCUAGCUGCACACCUGGGUUGCUUCACGAGCCACAUCUGUCCUGCGCUCAGAGCACCUCUGUGCACGGCCGCCGGCUUGCAUUGUGACAGGCCGGGGGUGGGACAGGCCGCCGGGCUGCGCUGAGCCCGGGGGCAGCAGCUGUCCUGUCCUGGGGGCAUCUUGAAAAAUAUUCAAGGCACUUGGAGGGCACAUAAGCCAGAGCUGGCACAACAGAGAGCCAUGGGUGAGCGCUGCGCCCGUUCUGCAUUCCCAGGGAGUUCAGAGUUUGAGCUUGGACAUAACGGCAACACAGGAACAACAACAAUCCCACAUUGUUGUGUGAAAGUCUGUAGGCCGUGGCGCGCUCGCCACAGGGCUCCAGUCUGAAACAACCCUGAGGCAGCCCUUGCAUGCCGGCCAGCUCAGCGGAUCCAAACAAUACAGGGCAGGCCCUGCAGCGACGGGAUAUUCGUAUCGAUGGCUCAAUUGAAAAGUGAUUUCAGGAGCAACCGCCGGGGCCAAUUAGUUGAGUGGUUCUUUCGAAGACCCGGGUGAUUUGGAACAUCGCGGCUGUGUCUCUUGUGCUUGCGUCGGGCAGACUUCCCCUCCGGGAUGCAGAGCUGCGGGGCGAUCGCAACGGCGGGGCGUUGGCCUGGCCUGUGUGGCGCUGCGUCUGGUCUCGAGUCUCUCUGCGGGAGCGCUUCCCAGCUGCAGGCUCUUGCUCUGGCAAAGCCGCUCCCACAUUUAAGGCGUAUUAUGGAAGCGCAUUCCAGAGGAAAGUGGUGCCUGAAUCUUGCACGUCAUGGGCAGGGAGACAUGUGCAUGAUGCCCACCGCAAGCUGUUCUCCCGUGGGGAGGGUCCCGUGGCGGUCUGCAUGCCGUACCUAUGCGGAUUAACGAGGCACAAGCCCUGUAAGUCCAGAGGAGUUGGGCGUGCUUUGAAGGUGGCUGGUCUGUGAACAGGGAUAUCCGAUUAUUGUAGAUGGACGCAGAAUCCGUGCCUGCUGCAGCUCCAGCGAGUAGCACUUCAAAGGGGGAAGAGCGAAACCCUUCCCUCUCCUGAUCGCCUUUGCAGCACUGCGUUUUCAGUAGAGCCCAAGCUGACUCUCAUCUGUGGGUUAGGUUGUGGCUGGGGCCUUCCUGUUGGGCAUCGACAUGUUGUGCACAAAUAGACAACACCACAACUAGAGUUGUGAAGGGUAAGGGCAAAACUGCGGGUGGAAGCAGCUCCGUUUUUCCACAUUUUCCAAAAGUGGGAACCCUCCUUUCAGUGGUAUAUUGUUGUUCGGUUUUGGUUUUGGUUUGCUUGGUCAUUUGGUUUUCCCAAUUUUCCCGUCCCCCGUGCCCCGAUCCUCACCUAUCUAGUCCCAAUAAAUCGCUUGCACCUCUUCCAACAUUCUGAGGUCGCUUGGCUCAGCUCAUCCGGAUUCUGUGCAAUGGCUUCCAUGCAAUUUGCACACAGCCCCCUUGCCAAACAUUUGGACAUACACUGUGAGGAUUUCCACACUGUUGGGCAAGGGAAACCGUUGUAGCUCCCUGUGCAUUUUGUGGGUAAUGGGCUUGGGCUUCCUGCACAACUGCUAGCUGGAUAGCGAGAACUCGUUUUCUGCAGUGCUGACUCACAUUCAGGUGGAAAUUGUUUUCUUCCUUCACAACAGAAUGGUUCCUAGAAACACACGGACACCCAUCCUCCUUGCACUCGUUCUUCAUAUAACUAUGUCGAAACCCACACUCCCCCCCCCCUUUGCCACGUGCUUUUGGAACGAGCCAUUAUCUAGGAACUCCCGCACAGAAGAAACGCAGAGCAUCCCCAUUCCCCAUCCAGACCGGGGGUGUUGUGCCUCAGCUUAGGGUGCAGCUGGCUGCAUUUGCUUGCCAGCAGGAAAUUAAAAAAGGGGACGAGCUGGAGAGGAGUUGCGGAGUCUAAAUACAGACAUGGAACGCUCUCUGCCUACCCAGUCCAUUGGGGCCAGUUGUAGAGUUGUCUGAAGGGCUUCAAGAAGGUCUUGACGACCUUCGGUGUGAGCAUCUAUUUCAGGCAUGCUGGUUCCAUUUGGAUCACCCUGCAUGGCAGCUGUGGUCACCCCUCUUCCGUGGGGAGAGGAAGGCAGGGUGCCUGGCAUCCUCCUGCCUUCGUUGGCUAACUUGGAAGAAUGCUGCAUCUUUGGAAAGGCUUGUGCAAGCUAUUACAAAACGGAGGAGCAGGCUGCCUCUAGUAGCUGCUCCCACCUUCCACGUAUACGCAGUGAUACUCAAGGGACAUGCUGCACCGUGGUUGGCCAACCGCUUCUACACCAAGGGUGGGCAAUUUGGUGGGCUAAAACUUCUGGAGUGCCGCCAUUCGCUUCAUAACCAGAGGUGGGGCAUGAACAGAGCCGUAGACUCCAAUACCGUAGACUCCAACACAUGCCCCCCCCCCCCAGUCUAGGAGACGAAUCCGAGCGUGGUGCCAAUGGCAGCAAGGUUGCGCGAGGCUCGCUCUUGCGCUGCACACACCUAGGGGAUCGUUUGUGUCAGCAGAGUUCGACCCUGGCAAGGCAUUCAUGCGGCCAGCACAAGGAGGCAGAUGGUGUCCUUCAGUGAAUAUUUCUGGGUGUAUUGUUAAUCCCCAAAGUGCUUCCCUGCCUGUAAAAUAGGUGCUCACGGGUCAUUAGUUGGUGGCCUUGAAGUGGCCCUCGGUUUCAGCUUCCGUGCCUCAAUCUGGUUGUCCUGGGAGUCAUCCCUGCAUGGAUGAUACACAUGUAACCAGGAUUCCGUGGAGGAUCUUGGCGUGUGCCUGGGUCCCACCUUAGAGGCCCCAAACCACACUCGGAACGACGUGGUUCCGGACAGGCAUUGCAGGGCCACUCUGAGAUCCCGCCUGCCCACAGGUGGCUGUUCCGUGUAGCCAGGCGGAACCUGCGCUGUCUCGUUCUUUUAACAACCCUUGUACACCGCCUGGAUUCAGCUGCGUGUUUGCAUUGUCACAUCCUUUCUGUUCCCAUCGCCGCUGCAGUUCUCCUUUCCGAAAAAGGAUCACUGAGACUAUUCCAAGCAAUAAGUUGUCCCCACACAUCUAGCCAGUCCUUCAGACUUGCGCUUUCUGUACUGCUCCAAUUUAAGCCCUCGAAUCCAGCUAAAUUCUGCAUUUGCAGCGCCACAUCAUAAAGCUCUGAACCAGAAUGUCUUUCCUUCAGAAAGGAGUGAAUGUAUUUAUACUAGAAAUCAUUUCUGGGGGGUUUUUUAGCACUAAUACAUGGAACCAUGAAGGGAUUUUAAUUUGCCCAGUCUAUAUUUUUAUGUAGCUUUUUGUUGGUGGCACUGUUCAUUCGAAGUAUUUUAGUCAUCAGCUUAGUAAAGAUCUUGGGAUCAAGUUUUUAAUGCUAGACGCUUUUGAGUUACAUUCUGUGAUGGUCAGGAUGUCCUAGAUGGUCUUUUACUAUUCUGUCUCCAGAGAAUCCAACACAAACAGAAAGCACUAACAGAAACCUUACAGGUUGCUGCGCCUCUUUUUGGAUCAGUGUUAAAUACCUGUUUCCUGUCACUAUAAAUUCCAUUUCCUCAUUUUAUUGGAAGUGGAAUUUCUGUUUUGUGCAUUGCUUUUCUUUUUUUCCUUUGGCUUCUGUGUUUAGCCAAAUAAAUGUCAUUUUACCGGAAACUUU